AGAGAUUGGGGAAACAAUCAUUUUGGAGCAGUAUCUUCGUGUGCUUCAACCAGACGUCCGCACAUGGGUGAAGGAGAACAAUCCAAAGACUGGAGAAGAAGCGGCAGACCUGGCUGAACGUUACCUGGCUGCUCACAGAGAACCUUUUAAGUCAAGAGAGACUGAGAGACCAAGGUCUAUGGAGGUAAAACCUCCAGGUGCAACUAAGGCUGACAACUUGGACAAGAGGGGUGGUAAGAAGUAUACACAGUCUGGACUAAAGUAUGGUCUCAUUUGUUACUAUUGUCAGCAGCCUGGUCACAAAGCUUCUUUAUGUCCAUUAAGAAAAAGUAAGUCAGUAGAGUUAUGUGUGGUACCUUCCAAAGAACAUAAUUAUGAACUUUCUGAUGACAUGAUUCCACAUAAAUAUGUAGUUGAUGUGGUGAUAAAUGGCAAAGCUGUAAAAGCUCUUGCAGACACAGGUAGCUCACAAACUCUGGUGAAAUCAUCCUUGUUGAGUAAUGUACUGCCUAACUUUAACAAACCGGUAAACAUUACUUGUGUUCAUGGAUGUCAGAAAGAGUAUCCAACUGCUGAUGUCACUAUUAAUGUUGAAGGACAAGCUUUUAUGUUGACUGUUGGAGUUUUGAAUCAGUUAGCAUAUGAUGUUAUCCUAGGAGAAGAUUUACCAAUCCUAGACAGUUUGGUUCAAGAAAACUCGGUGGCUUCUUCCUGUGCUGUCACCACACGUUCCAUGAAAAAGGGUUUAGAACCUCUGCCAGAUGUAGAUGAUGAUCUGUAUGAAGUAGGAAACAAAAUCAGGAAAUCAAAACGACAGCGUAGACAGGAGAAAAAUAGGAACAAAAGCAGGUCAAAACACCCUGAACCUGCAUUGCCAUUAACUCCAUGUAUUGAUUUCCAGUGGAAAAUUCCUAAUAACUUUAAAGAGAGACAAGAAAAUGAUCCAUCUUUGAAACCUCUCUUUAAUAAAGCAUAUAAAGAUGGUGGAAAAGAGAGUGCUGCUGAGUUUAAAAGUUUAGCAGGAGAGCCUUUCAUUAUAAGGGAUAAACUUUUGUAUCUAGCAGACAUUGAUGAACCCAGACUUGUUGUGCCAAAAGAAUACCGUUCAGUAAUUCUGCAUUUGGGUCACACUAUACCGUGGUCAGGGCACUUAGGACAGGCAAAAACUUAUAAUCGUGUUGCCCAACGUUUUUAUUGGCCAGGAUUAUAUAAAGAUGUAGUUGAAUACUGCAAAACAUGUCAUGACUGUCAGCUGGUGGCCCCUACUAAAGUUUCAGACCGUGCCCAGUUGCAGACAUUACCUAUAAUGAGUGUUCCUUACGAGAGAAUCGCCAUGGAUAUCAUAGGUCCUUUACCUAAGAGCAGUAAUGGCUAUAAAUAUGCAUUAGUCAUCUGUGAUUAUGCAACCAGAUAUCCAGAUGUUUAUCCAUUACGUUCUCUGCAGGUUAAACACAUUGUUCGGUGUUUAGUAGACCUUUUCUCCAGAGUUGGUAUCCCAAAGGAGAUUCUGACAGAUCAGGGUACCAAUUUCAUGUCACAGGUGAUGAAAACUCUUUAUGAUCAACUGGGUGUAAAAGGUAUUCGGACUACUCCAUACCAUCCAGAAACUGAUGGUUUGGUAGAACGAUUUAAUGGUACAUUAAAGCAAAUGUUGAGAAAGUUUAUUGAUGAUGCUGGCAAAAACUGGGAUAAAUGGUUGCCUUUCCUUUUGUUUGCUUACAGAGAAGUACCACAAGCCUCAACUGGUUUUUCUCCUUUUGAGUUGCUUUAUGGAAGACAGGUUAGAGGCCCUUUGGACAUGCUGAAGGAGAACUGGGUGGCUGGAGUGGCAUCAGGGUCCAGUGAAGCGGCUUCACCAACAAACAUCAUCUCCUACAUACUUCAGAUGAGAGACAACCUGGAAAAGUACAGAGAACAAGUUAAAGAUCAUAUGGAGAAGGCUCAACAUAAGCAAAAGGUAUGGUACGACAGACGUGCCCGUGAAAGAGAGCUGAAGACUGGCCAGAAAGUCUUAGUACUCUUGCCCAGUGGGCCAAGUAAGUUGCUUGCUAAAUGGCAAGGACCCUACACUGUGGUAAUGGCAAGGAUCCAGAAUGCUGGUCUCACUCUGAAUGUGAACAAGUGUGCAUGGGCACAAGAAGAAGUAACAUAUCUGGGCUACCUUGUUGGCCAUGGACAGAUAAAGCCACAACUUGAAAAAGUAAGAGCCAUUCAAACGAUUCCCAGACCUCAAACAAAGAAGCAAGUGAGAUCAUUUUUGGGCUUAGUUGGGUGGUAUAGAAGAUUUAUACCCCAUUUCUCAACUUUGGCAGCCCCUCUGACUGAGUUGACAAAAAGGUCUACUUCUAAAAUUAUGUGGAAGGAGGACUGUGAACAUGCAUUUCAAUCUUUAAAGAAACUGAUUUGUCAAGCUCCUGUUUUACAGAGUCCUAACUUUUCCGAGCCGUUUAUUGUUCAAGUGGACGCUUCAAAUGUUGGUCUUGGAGCAGUGCUAGCUCAGGGAGAAGCUGGUGAAGAGAAACCUGUCCUUUUCUUAAGUAAAAAACUUUUUGACCGGGAGAAAAAGUACUCCACAGUAGAAAAGGAAGGACUUGCAAUAAAGUGGGCUUUGGACUCUUUAAAAUAUUAUCUCCUAGGAAGGGAGUUUACUCUGCAAACUGAUCACAGACCUCUGAAGUGGAUGCAUUCCAAGCAGCAUCAGAAUGCCCGUAUAUUACGUUGGUGCCUCGCCCUUCAGCCAUACCAGUUCACCAUACAGCAUUGUCCAGGUAAGAAAAAUCUUAUUGCUGACUACCUUUCUCGUUUACCUGAGUUUUGUAAACCAGAGGGGGAAGAAGUGAGUAAAUGUUAAGAAGCAAUAAUAUUUUCUGUAACAUUUAAAUUCUAGAAUGUGUAUGUGAUCCUUUUGUUUGUGAAAUGUUUGUUACCUUUUGGGUGUGUCCUUGUAGCGGCCAUCUUGGAACCUACCAAAGAGGAGGCCCGCCUCAAACCCAGCUCUUUUAUAGAAAGGUCCAUGUUUGCCGGACUUUGAUUGGCUGGGCAGUUAAUUGAGAAGGUGGGGACAACAGUAUAUAAGAGGACUGUUGGCUGAGCCAAAAGAGGGAGAAAGCUUGAGAAGAUGUCAUUUUUGUCUUGUCUGUGAGCCAUGCUGUGCUGAAGGAGGCCUAAUAAACCACCUUUGUUUAUGCUA